AUGUCUGAGGGACUCGCUGAUAUCGAAGCUGAACAAAUUGUCACCAACUACGACGAGGUUGUCGACUCUUUCGAUGCUCUUAACCUUAAGGAGCCUCUUUUGAGAGGUAUUUUUGCCCACGGUUUCGAAACCCCUUCUUCUAUUCAACAACGUGCCAUUUUGCCCGUUAUCAAGAAGCACGAUGUUCUUGCUCAAUCUCAAUCUGGUACUGGUAAGACCGCCACUUUCUCCAUUGCCACUUUACAAAACAUUGAUACCAACAUCAAGGCCACCCAAGCUCUUAUCUUGGCUCCUACCCGUGAGUUGGCUUUGCAAAUCCAAAAGGUCGUUUUGGCCCUUGGUGACUUCCUUAAGGUCAACUGUCACGCCUGUAUUGGUGGUACCAACAUCCAAGAGGACAUUCAAAUGCUCCGUGAGGGUGCCCAAGUUAUCGUUGGUACUCCCGGUCGUGUUCUUGAUAUGAUUACUCGUAGACACCUCCGUACCGACAAGAUCAAGAUGUUCGUUCUUGAUGAGGCCGAUGAGAUGUUGUCCCGUGGUUUCAAGUCUCAAAUCUACGACAUUUUCCAAAACUUGCCCACUGACAUCCAGGUCGUCCUUUUGUCUGCCACCAUGCCCAGCUCUGUUUUGGAGGUCACCACCAAGUUCAUGCGUGACCCCAUCCGUAUCCUUGUCAAGAAGGAUGAGUUGACUUUGGAAGGUAUCAAGCAAUUCUACAUUGACGUUGGUGAGGAGCAAUUCAAGAUCGAUGUUUUGAUUGAUCUUUACGAGACUAUCACUGUCACCCAAGCCGUUAUCUUCUGUAACACCAGAAGAAAGGUCGAGUACGUCCAACAAGCUCUUACCGAGAAGGAUUUCACUGUCUCUGCCAUGCACGGUGAUAUGGACCAAGCUCAACGUGACACCAUCAUGCAAGAGUUCCGUACCGGAUCCACCCGUAUCCUUAUCUCGACCGAUUUGCUUGCCCGUGGUAUCGACGUUCAACAAGUUUCGCUCGUUAUCAACUUCGAUCUCCCCACCAACCAAGAGAACUACAUUCACCGUAUCGGUCGUGGUGGUCGUUUCGGUCGUAAGGGUGUUGCUAUCAACUUUGUCACCUCUGAGGAUAUUGAUGCCAUGAGAGAGAUCGAGAUGUUCUACUCCACUCAAAUCGAGGAGAUGCCCAUGAACAUUGCUGACCUCAUCUAA